AAAGAAUCAGAGUAGCAUGGUGGGUGCUGAUGAUCUCUUGCUUGAAAUGAAGGAUAAGCUCACUUCUGAUCGUCGUGAUCUACAGAUCAUUCCGAUUGUAGGAAUGGGCGGAUCUGAUUGAUAACACAAGAUUCAAAAUCAUGGCAGCUUAUGGAGCUCUGGUUUCUGUUAUGAAUAUCAUAGAUACCCUUCAUCUUCACCCUCACCCUCCCAUCUCUCUACACCCUAAACAGGCUGAGUCUCUCACUGAAAACGUCACUUUCCUCCAAGACUUUCUCGAAGUCUAUAAUCCCCGUCUUGACUACAGCAAAGAAGCUGAUCCAUUGGAGAGACGCAUCGUGGAUGCAGCUUAUGCAGCUGAAGACAUAAUUGAAUCCCAUAUCGUGGAUCAGAUCACAAGCGAUGGAGGAAAGAUCAGCCCCGACUCCUUGUACGAAGCUCUGGAGAAGGUGAUCAGAGAUAUGGAUCUGAUAAAGAAAGACGCCAAGGAAAUCGAACAGACUUUGGGUGUGCACACCACCAAGUCAAUGCCUUCAGAUUCCUCGAAAUCGUCUCCUACUGCAAAGGAGAGUAGCAUGGUGGGUGCUGAACAUCUCAUGCUUGAAAUGAAGGACAAGCUCACUUCAGAUCGACGUGAUCUACAGAUCAUUCCCAUUGUAGGAAUGGGCGGCUCAGGUAAGACUACUCUUGCCAUAAACAUUUGCCAAGACCGUCUUAUUAAGGAGCAUUUUCAUGUUUCUGCUUGGGCUGCCAUAUCUCAAGAGUAUAACAAUCAAGAAAUGCUCAUAGAUAUUCUUGGUCAGUUAAAUAAAGUUGUUGGUCAAAAUUUGGGUGUUGAUGGCUUGGGAGAAAUAUUGUAUAAACACUUGUUUGGUAGAAGAUACUUGAUUGUACUUGAUGAUAUGUGGAGUAUCGAGGCGUGGGAUGGGAUUAGGAGGUUUUUACCAGAUAACAAAAAUGGUAGCCGAAUAGUGGUGACGACUAGGCUAUCAAACUUGGCUUCUAAUUUAUCCAACUCUAAAAACCUUGAGAUGAGUCUUUUGAAUGAGGUUGAUAGUUGGGAUAUGCUCUCAAAAACUGUGUUUGGAGAGGAAGGUUGUCCUCCAGAAUUGGAGGAAAUAGGGAAGAGAAUAGGAAAAAGUUGCAAAGGACUUCCGUUGUCAAUUGCUGUGAUUGGAGGGCUUUUGGCCAAAUCCAAUCAUACAAGAGAGUUUUGGGAGUCCAUAGAGGAAAACUUGAGUUCAAUAGUUAAUUCAGAGGAUGAUGAAUGGUGUUUAAGAAUAUUACAUAUGAGCUAUAAGCAAUUGCCAGUUUAUUUGAAACCAUGCUUUCUCUAUUUGGGAGUUUUUAGUGAAGAUAAGGUGAUUCUUAGAUCAACGCUCAUUAAGCUAUGGGUUGCUGAAGGAUUUCUAAAGCCAAAAAUUGGAAAAAGCUUGGAAGAGAUAGCCAAAGUGUGUUUGAAGGAGCUUGUUGAUAGAAAUCUGGUUUUAGUUGAUGAGAUUGGGAGUAAUGGGGAGAUGAAAUGUUGCAAGAUUCAUGAUUUGUUGAGGGAUUUGUGUUUGAAAGAAGCUGAAAAGGAAAGGUUUCAUCGGGUCAUAAGAGAUGAUCCUCCAUCCAAUAAUAGUGAACGUAUGGUUGUUUUUCCACGUAAAACUGCAACGCUGUUUACGAGUGAAGUCUUGGAAUCUUUGUCACAUGCUCGUUCCAUAAUAUGUGAUUUUUGCGACUACGGAAGUGAGGCUGUGGAAGUUAUGUAUGGUGAAUACGAAGACAAUGAAAUUCGAUUGCCCUACAAUCUCAGAUUGUUAAGGACAUUCAAAGCAGUUGAUAAACAUCUUAGAAGUGGUGACUAUUUCCUAGAUAAUUUGUUUGAAUUGGUGAACUUACGAUACCUUGCUGCUAGAGUUCGAACGACGCAUGAAUUCCCUACUACAUUUGAUCUGCUUUGGAAUCUACACACAUUGAUUAUUGAUUCUGCUUAUGAACUUAUUGGACCAGUUGAAAUAUGGAAAUUACAUCAACUUCGACAUCUCGAGUUUCCUGAAGGAUUGAUUCUUCCAGAUCCUCCUAGUGGCGAUAAUGUCAUUGUUAUCAUGAAGAAUUUGCAGACACUCAAAGGAGUUGUUAGUUUGAGUUUGAAUGAAGAGGUGGUUAAAAGAAUUCCCAAUACGAAGAAAUUGUAUCUAAGAUACAACGUGAAACCAAUGGAGGGAGAAAAAUGUCUCAGCAAUCUGAUGUGUUUGAGUAAACUGGAAAACUUUUGCUGCUCAACUCGAUAUGGAUGUGAUGACUACUUGCAAUGGAUAAUGUUCCCACACUCCUUGAAGAAGUUGUCUCUUUGUGCCUCUUCUAAACUGGAGUUGGAAGACAUAAUGCCAAAAAUAGGUUUAUUGCCUAUUCUAGAGAAGUUAGUAUUACAAAAUGGUGUCUUCAAAACACGCAAGUGGGAAACAAUUGAAGGCCAAUUCUUGAGCCUUAAGUUUCUACGGUUGAAGGCUUGUCGGGAUCUAGAAGAUUGGAUUGUGUCAAACAGCUCACACUUUCCACUUCUCCAAAAUCUUUGUCUGACUAAUGUAGAUCAACUGAAGGAGAUCCCAUCAGAGAUUGGAGAAAUAGCAACAAUGAAGUCAAUUUCUUUGCGAUAUUGCAGUGAAUCAGCGGUGGUGUCGGCUAAAGAAAUCAUAGAGGAACAAGAAAGUUUAUAUGGAGACCUACUAGACCUUCGUGUUCGAGUUGUGGUUAAGCAUGAACAAGAAGAACUGACGAGGUUGGCAAGUGCCAACUUUGAAGUAGUAGAGAUAGACAUCUCACAUAUCCUCAAAAAAUCAAUGGAGUCACGGGGAAGCUCCAGCGAUGAUGUUGAAAAUAUGGUAGAUACCUUGCAAGAGGAAGAGAUAGUAGAGGAACAAGAGCAUUUAUAAGGGUAUGUUGAGAUUAAUGCUUAUCACAAGAGUGUAUUUUUGGUUUUGUUUUGAUCUUAGAUUUUAUUGGCAAAAUGUUUCCUUUGGUGAGAUACUAAAUCCAAUAGUGGGUAUGUAAUUGUGUUA